AUGACUCUCCGACCUGUUGAAGGCGCCUUGCCUCUCACCGAGAAAUGCCACCACUACGAUCACAUUAGUGAAGUGCCGUGGGAGCUUCAGAAAUACUGGCACCAACGCUACUCCAUCUUCCACUUCUACGACUACGACAUCCGCCUCACGGACGACGCCUGGUUCGGCGUGACCCCCGAGCCCGUAGCCAUCAAGGUCGCCAAGGACAUGCCCUCCCACAACCACUCCACCCCCCGCAAAAGCACCAUUAUCGACAUAUUCGCCGGCGCCGGCGGCAACACCAUCGCCUUCGCCCUCUCCGAGAAAUGGGACCGCGUGAUCGGCAUCGAAAAGGACGCCGCGACGCUAGCCUGCGCCCAGCACAACGCGGCCGUCUACGGCGUGGCCGACGCCAUCACCUGGGUCCACGGCGACUGCCUGGACUUUUUGGCGCGUCUCAAGGACCACGCCAACGGCACGAGCAAGGGUAAGGGGAAGGGCAAAAAGAAGGAGCUGGACCCGUUUUUGCAGCUCGAUGUCUCGAGCACCGUGAUCUUCGCCUCACCGCCCUGGGGCGGCGUCAGCUACCGCGAUCAGGAUGUGUUUGACCUCAGCACCAUGGAGCCGUACAACCUCGAGACGCUGCACGAGGCUUGCCGGCCGAUGGAGCACGCGCUGUUCCUGCCGCGGACGAGCGACCUGCGGCAGAUAGCCAAGCUCGUGCCGGAGGGCGCGGGCAAGGUCGAGGUGGUGCAGUACUGCAUGGAGGGCGCGAGCAAGGCCAUGGUGGCGUACAUGCCCGCGGAAUGA